UCGAUGUGGGCGACAAUGCGGCGCCGGUCAGCCUGGCUGGGGUCGCUGCACUGCACCAAGGCGCGGAGAAGGGAGCCGAGGGGCGGAGCGGCGCGUGCGCACAAGGGCGCCGCGGGAAGUUGGAAAGCGGCAGGCGGCGCGACCAGGUGGCUGCCCCAAGGGGACAGCCGGGGCAUGGGCCCGGCUGUAGGUCUGGCGCGGCGGCUGCGGACGGCGCUGCAGGAGGAGGAGUUGCGGACUGUGGAGGAGUUGCUGCGCCGUGGUGCCGACCCCAAUCUGGUACUCGAGGAUGGCGCGGCGGCCAUGCACCUGGCGGCCAGAGCCCAGCACCUGCGGAGUCUGUGUUGCCUCGAGGCCCUGCUGCGCCGAGGCGGGGACCCCAACGCGCGAUCGGCCGAGGCACUGACACCGCUGCAUGUGGCCGCUGCUUGGGGCUGCCGCCGGGGCCUGGAGCUGCUGCUGAGCCAGGGAGCAGAUCCCGCUCUCCGCGACCAGGACGGAUUCCUGCCUCUGGACCUGGCGGAGCAGCAGGGGCACCAGAACUGUGCCCGCGUGCUUCGGGAGCUGGAGACUCGGACCAGGAUCCCAGCCCGGCGGACCUGGAAAGGCUCCCGGAAGCCAGAACCCGAACCAGAGCCUGGAGGCCCAGGCCCUUGUGAAAAGGGGCUGGAUACCAGCCCCUCCGGUCCUCCUAACGUGAUGCUGAACUCUACAACACUGGGCACAGGUGACAGCAAGGACGUGAGCCUGGAGGCUGGCCCUGGACCCCCUGGCCUGCUCGCCCACCCUGAGACUGCUGAUACAGAUGGUGGAUUGGAGUCCCCCUUGGGGCGCUGGGACUGCAGCUCGGUGACCUCCUUUGUCACCGCUGUUGAGGCCUCAGGAGCUGAGGACCUAACUGGCCACACCUCCCCCUGGGCUGGUGUCCGACUUUCCCAGAGGGUGCCAAGAUCUUUGGGUACCCUACAGCUGGCACAUCAACCCCUCCUGGAGGACAGGGAGGCAGAACUAAAUGCCCAUCUGCAGGCCCUGACUCUGACCUUGCCAGAUGAUUCCCCCUCCCCUAAGUUCUUCCCAGACAGGAGCCCAACCCAUAGUCCCCCUUGGGAACCGCUGCCUGGACCUUCUGACACCCACAUCCCAAGAGAGGACCAGCUAUCCCCCGACAGUGACUUGGCUGCCCUCUGGCUGACAGAGGAUGAUGCAAGCGCCACAGUGGGCAGGGACCCCAGCCCCUCUGAUCAGUGUCCACCAGACCCUCCCAUGUCUGACCUGGAGCUGCUGCAAGGGCUCCGGGCGCUUGGCAAGAGCCCAGGUCCCAUCACGUCCUUCACCCGACCACACUACCUCCGACGGCUGAAAGAAGCCCAGGCUGCUCCUAGCCCAGACUUUUCAGGGCACAGCCCAGAGCUGGUCGAAGCCCUGCGGACAGGCUGUAUCCCAGAUGCCCAAGCCGAUGAAGAUGCACUUGCCCAGCAGUUCGAACGGCCAGACCCCACCAGACGGUGGCGGGAGGGGGUUGUGAAGUCCAGCUUCACGUAUCUGCUGCUGGACCCCAGGAAGACUCAGGACCUGCCAGCCCGAGCCUUCUCACUGACCCUGGCUGAAUGCCUUCGGAUUUUUGUCCAGGCCAUCUUCUACGUGGGCAAGGGAACACGGGCCCGGCCAGACGUUCAUCUCUGGGAGGCCCUUAACCACCGAAGACGGCCAGGAAAACAGGCCUGUCCCAAGGUACGCCGGAUCUUGGACAUUUGGGCCACUGGUCGUGGCGUUGUUUCCCUGCACUGCUUCCAGCAUGUGGUCCCUGCAGAGGCUUACACUCGAGAAGCAUGUCUUGUGGAUGCUCUAGGAAUCCAGAUGCUGACUAACCAGAAGCAAGGACACUGCUAUGGAGUGGUGGCGGACUGGCCCCCCACCCGGCGCCGCCGCUUGGGGGUCCAUCUGUUGCAUCGUGCCCUCCUUGUCUUCGUGGCUGAGGGUGAACGAGAGCUACGGCCCCAGGACAUCUAGGCUUGUGCCUGAGCACUAGGGAAUUGGCCAUUUAACCUAAGUAGAGAUCAGGGUGUUUGAAUGUUUCAGCUGCCCCUGCAUUGAGAGCAGCCCACACCCCCACCCCACAACUCCAGCUCCAGAAGGCUGGUAAGGGAGCAGCAAGACAGAUCUCCUCCUUGGGGUAAGGGAGGACUUUAUUACAGAUGGAACUGCUGGACAGGGAGUGAGCUCCCUGUCAUGAGAGGAGAAUAAGGGGAUGUAGGAGGAGAACAAGUAGACCAGAAGGUUCUUUGGAACAUGGUACUUUGAAACAUGUCAGUGCUUUGGCAGUUUGGUCCUAUCUGGGCAAACAAGUGACCAUUUUGAUCUCCCUGAUACAGAGGACCCACGGUGUGGGUUGUGCUGGGGGUUCCUGAGCUGCAUGCAGGAAAUCUGCCCAGCUCAAGAGUCAAGUUUUGCUGCUUCCCAGUUGUGGGACGGACCAGUAAUUUCUCUGUCUGAGCCUCAAUUUCCUAAGUUGUACACAAUGAGGAAAGUGCAAAAUUCUACCUCAGGGGGUCAUUGAGGGAAUCAGAUUAAACCGUCGAGGGGUAAAGUGUUUGGCUCUGAGCCCUCCUGACCCAGAGAUGACUUUGCAGCCCAGGUGGAAAGUUUCUGGUGGAACGGGUUUGAGAGGGUAUGCAGGAUGUUCCUGAGGGGUGUGUUGUGUGUUGAGGGGGUAGGUAGAGCUGGAGAUUCAUUGGAAGGACUGAUGCUGAAGCUGAAACUCCAAUACUUUGGCCACCUGAUGUGAAGAACUGACUCAUUGGAAAAGAUCCUGAUAUUGGGAAAGAUUGAAGGCAGGAGAGGGAACGACAGAGGAUGAGAGGGUUGGAUGGCAUCACUGAUUCUAUGGACGUGAAUUUGAGCAAGCUCCGGGAGUUGGUGAUGGACAGGGAAGCCUGGCGUGCUGCAGUCCAUGGGGUCACAAAGAGUCGGACACAACUGAGCGACUGAACUGAACUGAACUGAGAGGUGGAGAAGUCGUCGCAGUGUGGGUGUGAGACACCAGCCCUCCUUGGGAUCGCUGUGUGACUGGAACCUCCUGGCGCUGCUUCUCUGAAUCUGUGUCUUCAACUAUAAAAUGAGAUUAACCUCGACUUUACACAAAGAGCUUCAGUAAAUGCCAAGCUACUAUCCUGGGGGGGUAUUGGCCAGGUCAUUUAAAUUUUCCAGAAGUGAUCCGCUGCCUCAUUGGGUUCAUCACCUGCCUAUCAUUGUGGCUCUGCCAACCAGGCCCUGCAUGGGGGCGGGGUAAGCAUCCAUCUGCCUCCUGGCCUCCACUGCUAAGCCCAUGGCUACUCUGGUUAUUGUAAUAAUUAAGACUACCUACCUCUGGCAUGAGCCUGGGCUCUACUUUUUCAACCGAACUGAUGACAUCUCUGAGUGCCCCUUUAA